AUGGCAUCCACGUCGAAUCAGCCUGACAAGGCGCAGGAGAAGAAGCACGUCAUCCUCCCGCUGUCGAGGGCAGCGCCAGACCAGGUCUUGAACCUCCGCCUCAUCCUCCACUUCCUCGCGCUCGUACUCCCGCAGAUCUUCAUCGUCCUCCCGGCACGCAUCUUCGUCACACAUGUCCUCCUCCGCUGGCGCUCGCCCAUCGUCCGCGUUAUCGGCCGUCCCGCCCUCGCAGACUACGUCUCCAAGCUCGCCCAGUUCAUCCUCAGUCGAUGCCACACCGCCCAGGUUCGCAUCGUCUUUGACCGCGUCCGAUCAUACAAGCUCGUUCAGUCGGGCCCAUACUUCAAAGGCUGCCGCGACUGGGUCACAAAGGUCGAGGUCAACGGGACUGCGGGACGUUGGAUUGCGCUCCCGGGAACGAGGCGCGAGGAGGACGAUGUCGUGCUCUUCUUCGUGCACGGCGGCGGCUUUGUCGUCGACACUGGCUCAAACGCCCAAGACAUCCUCUUGCACGUCACCAAGACGCUCAACCUCAAGAAACACACCCAAGCAUCGGUUUUCUGCCUCGACUACCGCCUCGCUCCCGAGUACAAGUACCCGUCGCAGCUCAUCGAGACGCUCGCGGGCUACCACUACCUCGUCAACACGCUCGGCAUCAGCGAGGACAAGAUCGUCAUCGCAGGCGACUCGGCAGGCGGCAACAUCGCGACCGCCUUCCUCCUUCACCUCGCUCGCCCCAACCCAGAAAUCUACGUCCCGGAAGAACUCGGUCCUACGCCCAAGCGCCCAGCCGGCGCACUCCUCAUCUCGCCCUUCAUCAACCUCGCCUCUCGCUCGGCCUCGUCCUUCGCCAACCCGGACUAUGACUUCAUCGACCUGGGCGGUGGAUUUCGCGCAGCAUGCGACUACGUCGGCGUCUACCCUCCGCCGGGCUUCCGUUUCCCUAUGCCGAGCUACCAUCCCCGCUGGCACUUCGAGUUCCCGCACCCGCACCCUCCGACGGAUGGAAGGGACUUGCACACGCAGUGGGGAUGGGCGCACUGCGAGGGGAUUGAGAAGUUCAACUCGCCUUAUGUCAACCCGAUUGUCUGCCAGGAUGCGGACUGGUGGAAGGAGGCGUGUCCGGGAGACGGCAAGACCGUCGUUACGUGGGGCGGCAAGGAGAUCUUCGCGGACGACGACGAGGCGUUCUUCAAGCAGCUUGAGAAGUCUGGCGUCAAGCCGGCCAAGCUUGUCAAGAAGUUCGGCGCGCACGACUGGAUCUUGCAUGACUGGAGCGUCCCGCUCGCAUGGAAGACCAAGUCCAAGGGACCCGACAAGGACUUCUACUUCGGCAUGAACGCCAUCGUCGACCUCCUCUCCCGCAUCGCCAAGGACGCCAAAGAGUCGCCUUCUGUCAAGCGCGCGAGUCUCGCCCGCUCUCCGUCGUGGGCCAGUCGACCCGACGUCAAGGCUGUCUCGCCCGAGUCCGUCAAGUCGUCUCCUUCGCGUACGGCUGGUCCGGCACUCGGUCCUGCUCCAACACCUCUCGCGAGCAAGUCCUCGGCAUCAGCACCUGCGAAGCCCGCCACGGGAAACGACACCUACGCCGCGACUGCCUCGCACGACUCGCUCAUCCCGCCCGACGCGCCCGUGCUCGCCUCCGGCGAAGGCGACAUCCUGACGCGCUCAACACUCGGAGACAGCGGUGUUAUCGUCGAGAAGGCGGGCGAAAAGGCGAAGGGGCAGGAGAAGCCCAAGCCGAAGAACAGGAGGUAA